AAAAUAAGGUCGUCAAUGGCCAGACGAUGGGCCCUAAAACCCUAACUAAAACCUCCAGCAUCAAACCAAAUGAAGGCAUUUUCUCCCCCUUUCUAAGUUUGAGUCUAUGCUCUUACAGGUCGAAUUGGCAUAAAAUGAAAGCAUUCAGGACACUUCGAACUCUAAACAUCUUUGCAUCAAAACCCCAAAAUUCAAAUUCCCAUCUCUUCAAUCGAAUUCUUCUCUCUCAUUUCUUCUCAGCUCAACCUGAGCAAAACCAAAGUGAAAACGACAAUAAUGACUCGUUUUUUGACAGCAGCCGCUACGCCGUCACCAACAUUGAUACUAAUACAACCGCUCUAGAACCCACUUGGGAUGAGAAAUACAGACAGAGAGCUGAUAGAUUAGUGUUUGGGCAUGAAACCCAGAAGUCCAAAGUCAAAUUAUUGCAAGAACAAGAGGAGGAGGAGAAGAGGAGAGUGUUGGCGAAAGCGCUGCUCCAGGCGGCGCUGGAGAGGCCAGAUGAAGAGGACGAUGAUGAGGUGGUGAGGGAGGAGGACCAGAAAUCGCUUUCAGUUGGAAUUGUUGGUGCCCCUAAUGCUGGGAAGUCCGCCUUGACUAAUCACAUGGUUGGGACAAAGGUUUCUGCUGUGUCUCGGAAGACGAAUACAACAAUUCAUGAAGUAUUAGGAGUGAUGACAAAAGGGGACACUCAAAUUUGUUUCUUUGAUACACCUGGAAUUAUGUUAAAGAAAAAUGGAUAUCCUUACAAGGAUAUGAAGGCUCGUGUGGAAAAUGCUUGGUGUGCAGUUGAUUUAUAUGAUAUGAUCAUGGUUGUUUUUGAUGUCCAUAGGCAUCUUACCAGGCCUGAUUCAAGAGUGGUGAGACUAAUUGAACGUGUUGGAGCACAAACAAACCCAAAACAAAAGCGGGUUUUAUGUAUGAACAAGAUUGACCUAGUCGAGAAAAAGAAAGACUUACUAAAGGUUUCUGAGCAAUUCAAAGAUCUUCCUGGAUAUGAUAGGUGCUUCAUGAUUUCUGGACUAAAGGGUGUUGGUGUGAAAGAUCUUACACAAUAUUUGAUGGAGCAGGCACUGAAAAGACCUUGGGAUGAGGAUCCACUACAUAUGAGCGAAGAAGUUAUGAAGAACAUUUCAUUAGAGGUUGUUCGCGAGAGGUUAUUAGAUCAUGUCCACCAGGAAAUCCCAUAUGGUAUUGAACAUCGUUUGAUAGAUUGGAAGGAGUUAAAAGAUGGUUCUCUAAGGAUUGAACAACACUUCAUUACUCACAAACUAAGCCAACGGAAGAUUCUUGUGGGUAAGAAGGGCUCAAAAAUAGGAAGGAUAGGCAUUGAAGCUAAUGAAGAGCUGAGGUCCAUAUACAAGAGGGAAGUGCACCUGAUUCUCCAGGUUAGACUGAAAUGAUCAGUUCAGCAACCAGAGAAAUAUGCCUGAUCCCAGAAUUGGAUUAGCCAUGGAGGAUGAUUAAUGAAAGCACCAGGACCAAAUUUAGCAUACUGUGCUUUGCCAAGAAUUGGCCUGUCCUGGUAAAAAUGAGGCAUGAAGUCUUUUGAACUUGUCCCACUCUUUAGAUGUGGGACUCUUGACCAGAAGCAAGUAUCCUUGUUCGUGUAUUGGCUUCAUUUUUGCCUGCUUGAUGAAAGCAAAGGAAACCAAAAGCAAUCAGCUUCUAGAUUGAGUUUUUGUGCUUUUGAUUUGAAAUCUGAAUUUUGCUUAAUUUUCUUAGCAACCAGAGUUUAAAUGUUGUAUGGGAAAUAAUUGUUGCUAUAGAUUUGUGAAUAUUUGGUUGGUAUAUAAUGGAAAGAAAGGAAUUGAAUUCUGAUUCUAUAAA